AUGAAAUUCAUUAUUAUCGCUGAUACAUGUAAAUCCCAAUCAAUACUAUAUUAAAGGUGUUUGUAAAAGUUGUCUUCUUAUUCAAUUCAUUGAAUCUUAAAUAAAUUAGAUUCAUUGGUGCCAUUCUUGUUUUUGAUGUGACAUAAAGAUCCUCCUUUUAAGGUGUUACAAAAUGGUAUUAGGAGAUUAAGGGUUAUGCUUGUGAUAAAAUUCAAAUAGCACUAGUUGCAAAUAAAAUAGAUAUAGAUGGAAAGUACAAAUAUUCAUCAUAAUAUUGUAGACGUAUAAUAACAACUGAUGAAGUGUAAAAAAUUGCUAAAGAAAAUGAUUUAGCAUAUUUUGAAACAUCAGGAAAAACAGGAUAAAAUGUAGAUACAUUAUUUGAAACUAUGGCUUAAACUAUAUUGUAAAGGAUUGAAUCUGGUGAAAUAGAUACUUCUUUAGAAGUAUAAAAAUUAUAAAUCUAUUAGAUGUAUGGAAUCAAAGUAGGUCCUGGAAUUGCAAAUGUAUAAAAAUAAUAGAAAUCACAAUAAGAUUCACAAAAUCUGAAACUUUAAACAGGGUAUUAACCACCAUUAAAAAAUAAAAAAUAGGAGGGAUGCUGUUGA